AAGCAGCAGAGAUUGGAGAAGAGCCUAAGUUUGAAUUCUGAACAGCACCAGGCUGAAACUGCUCUUGAACUUUUCCAUAAAACAAUCAGCAACAACGUGAUCGAACUAAAGCCCAAACUGAACGUCUACUAAGAGAUCGGACACGGGUAUCAUGGAGCUGAAAUGCGUCCGGAGUAGAGAGUGGUUUCAGGGCUUUCAGAGUUGCGGCGCUGCUUUUACCAAAAACAAGUUACUUUUGUGUCCGCUCCGCUCUCUGUACACAACUGCAGCUUACACCAGCAACUUUAACGCGUUUACUGAGACGCGUUUUAACUUCUGUUUUCCAUCGAUUGACUCACUCUUCAGCUGUUUGUUCGGGCGUUUUACGCGGUCGCCCCGAGCGCCUUUAUGCAACUUUUUCAAACGAUCUUACAUAUGUUCUUACCACCAGAUCGAUCCAGAUAAGCCGAGGGUGUACCAGGGCGUCCGAGUGAAGACCACAGUCAAAGAGCUGCUGCAGAGGCACAGAGCCCGGGAGGCCAGCAGCAAGAAAGUAAAAACGAUAUCCCAGGCUUGUUUGGAUCUUCAGGAGCUUUGCGCGUCCACUUUUCCAAGUCGCUAUGUUGUCCCUCCUACCGCCGCUCCGCCAGCGGACGCGAGCAGCUGUGGCGCGCGAGCGAUCCAGCUGCGCGCCGCCUCGCUCUCCUUCCCUGACGGCUCGUGCAACAUCCAGAUGCAGGAGAGCACCUCGAACGGCGUCCAGCAGCAGUUCGGGGACACGCUGUUGCCCAUCAACGGCUUCAGCGGCAACAACAACAACAAUAACAGCUGCGGCGGCGGCGGCGGCAGCUACAGCGCCGCCCUGCCGCCCCCUCCUGCCCUCCCGCUGCCCUGGUGCCAUGGACUCUCCUCUGAUGCGGACUACUACGGCCAUGGGAUGGCUCCCUGCUCCUCACCAGAGUCACUGAAGUUCUGCAACCCCAUGGAUCACAACAGCUACUCGCCGCAGGACUCUUUUUCCUCCUCGUCCUCCUCCUCCUGCUACGACUCACCCACCAGGAUGGAGUCCGGCUACCCCGGCUUCGCCUCAGAGCACUUCCACUACCAGCACUGCAACCUCCAGGACUGUUACUGCCUGCCCCACUGUUGGCCAGGCCAGCAGGAGAGCUUCCCUGCACCUGAGUAUGCACCUUACUACAACCCCACAGACUAUCCAUACGCCUGUCCUGUGGAAGAGAACUAUUUCAAGAGGGAUUUGAGCUCUGAAAUGUGUUACAAUGUACUAUGAUGAGACCUUCAGCAGUAUUGUUUUGUCCUUUGACUGUACAUAUGAUUCUCUUCAAGUCCUCUGUAAGACUGUUUGCUUGAUGGUCCACUGUGCAUUUCAGUGUGUGGUCUGACUGGCUUUUGCUUUGGUGGAGUUAAUAUGAUGAAUGCUGAAUGGAUGGAAAAUGCUGAUAUUUUUGUAUCAAUUACUUUUUUUUUACCACUUAAAUUUAUUUUCAUACACGUAACUUGUUGCUGUACUAAAUAAAAACAUGUCAAACUCA